CAGCCACUGCACCACAGGGGCCAGUUCUCCCAGGAGACCCACUACCACAGGAGGUCUGACACACAGACGCUGAGAGACUCAUCCAAUUCACACUCAGGAAGAAGCGACGGGGCGGACAUGUUGGCUCAUCUGGGGCAUUGUCAUGUGGCGUUGUCACAGCCACAGGGGCAUUUAGCGGGCAUAUCUCGUCCAGAGGGACGCCACAGAAUGACAGAGGGAGAAAUUACUGUGCUCUCCUUGGGGCCAACGACACAGCAAAACUACAGACCUCUCACACGGCUCUACUGUAUGAACGGAGGACAUCAUCUGCGGAUCCUACCGGAUGGGACUGUCGCGGGCAGCAGAGAUGAACAUAAAGAUGACAUCCUGAAGGUAAAAGCAGUGAGUGUUGGUGUGGUGGCCAUCAAGGGCCAUGAGACGGGCCGUUACCUGGCCAUGGACAAAGAUGGUCUUCUCUAUGGAUCGAAAACCUUGAAGGAUGACUGUUACUUCCUGGAGAAGAUAGAGGAGAACCAUUACAACACGUACAGGUCUCAGAAGUACCAAGACAAAGACUGGUUCCUGGGGCUCAAGAGGAACGGGCAGCCUAAGGCUGGCCCAAGGACACACAUAGGCCAGAAGGCCAUCUAUUUUCUGCCUCGGCCUGUUGACAUCACCACCAUGUAAAGGCAGACGACAGAAAAUGUCAACAAUGACCAUGUCACAGCAAUCAAUCACCUCGAUUCACUUUGACCAAUGUGCUCUUAACCAUUAAGUAAAUGUGACAACAAAGCAUCAGUAAUAAUUAUGUUAUUAUAUUGUAUGAUCAAUGGGCCAUUUUAAUAUAUUCCUUUUGUACGAUAAUAGCAUAUGUAUCACACAAAUGGUAUCUUAUUUAUAUCCUAUUUUUCCUCAUGUUUGUUAGAGAAUAUUUAUUAAUAAAACGUUGCUAAAAAAUAUAAAAAAUUUUGUUUUCACACUAAUGGGCACAUUUUUAUUGAAAUACAAUUUAAUGUUAAAUACUGUAGCAAAUGUUGGAAAUAAUUACCAUAGGACUCCUAGCAUGUCCCAUAACAACUAUUACAAAGGUUAUUACACUGGUAUUACUUUAGUCCUACUGACACGUGGCACAUUCUUAUUUUUUUCUCACUUUUAGCAAUAAGAUAUAGUAUAUUUUAUCACACUGUUUUGACUUAUCUUGUUUGUACAGUACUAUCAAACUCAUAAAUACUGAGAAGAGAUAUUGACUAUGACCAUAGGGUGGCAGCGAUUAACCUUGCUCAAUUCAUACUGGUCAUUCAGGAAACGUGUCAUAGGUUUACAGCUGAAAUAGAUCUGUUGGUUGGUGGAUACAGUGAGGGAAAAAAGUAUUUGAUCCCCUG